UAUUAGUCGUUUGGAAGAUCGCAACUGGGACGGACGAAAGCAGAAAAGCAAAGAAAAAGCGCCGGAGCACUAAGGAUGACGCAAAGAAUUUCUGAAUAUAAGUAAAUAUAGAUACAUAUAUUUAAAAGAUAAAAUGUGGAACUAUUGCUUGAUUGUGGCAUUAACUUGCCUUUGCGUGCAGAAUGUUGCGGCUUUGCCACAUAUUAAUAUCGGUGCAAUAUUCUAUGAAAGCGAACUCGAUUUGGAGCGGAUUUUCAUAGCGACCGUGGAGAGUAUAAACAGUGAAAAAGUGAAUAACUUCAAGAUGGUACCACUUGUGAGGCGCGUCAGUGAAAGCGAUGGCAGCAUGAUCUUGCAGCGCCAAGCUUGCGAUCUGAUCGAUAAUAGUGUUGUGUCUAUUUUUGGACCAAGCGCGAAGGCAGACAGCGAUAUUGUUGCGUUGAUCUGCAAUGCAACCGGCAUACCGCAUCUACAAUUCGACAUGAGCGCCGAGGAGACAGAGGCGGAGAGUAAAAAUCAUCAGAUGACAUUGAAUGUCUUCCCCACACAACAGAUGCUCUCCAAAGCCUAUGCAGAUAUCGUACUAACAUUCGGUUGGACUAAAUUUACGAUUGUCUACGAUGCUGAUGAUUCAAAAGCACUGACUCGCCUGCAGGAUCUGAUACAGCUGCGUGAGAUACACAAUGAUGUGGUACGCGUGCGCACAUUCCAACGCGGUGAUGAUUAUCGCACCAUGUGGAAGAGUAUAAAAGGUGAGCGACGCAUUGUGUUGGAUUGUGAACCGGAUUUGCUGGUGGAUUUGCUGAAUACCUCUAUUGAAUUUAAAUUGACGGAGCAGUUUAAUAAUCUGCUGCUAACCAAUCUGGAAACGCAUAACGCCGAUUUGGAAGAAUUGCGAGGAAAUGAGACCUUUGAAGUCAAUAUCACAGCGACACGCCUAAAAAUGAAUGGAAAUUUUUACUACGCGAAUGCAUGGCAACUCGCUUCCCUGUACGACAUUGACCCCUCAACCGAGCAACCAAAACGAACCCUACUACACGAUUUACUCUACGACGCCGUACACGUCUUCGCCAAUGCAUUACGAAAUGUCAGCUAUAGCUAUCUGAUACGAACGCCACGUGUACGUUGCGACUUCAGCGAUGUCAGCGACUAUGAGCAAAUGCAACCGUGGCCUAUGGGACGUUACAUCUAUCGCGUGAUGCUAGCGACAUCCGGUGUCAAUAACACAGAUUAUCGCACGAGUGACCUGCAAUUUGACGAUGAGGGACAACGUACUAAUUUCGGUAUUGAAAUCUAUGAACCGUUAGAAAAUUAUGGCAUCGCCUUUUGGGAUACAAAGGGCCAAAUUACGCCACAACACAUAGAGUUGGACUCGACGAAGAAGUUGGUUUAUCGUGUGGCCACACGUCUCGGUGAGCCAUAUUUUAUGCUGAAUCCCGAAAUGGUGGGUCAGAAUGUGACUGGAAAUGAACUGUAUAUGGGUUAUGCAGUCGAUUUAAUUGAUGAAUUGUCGAAACUGAUGAAUUUCGAAUAUAUAUUCAUGCCUGUCGCGGAUAAUAGCUACGGAAAGUAUGAUAAAGAGACUAAACAAUGGGAUGGCAUUAUAGGCGAGCUCAUCAACAAUAAUGCUCAUAUGGGCAUAUGUGACUUGACUAUAACACAGGCGCGUCGUACUGUUGUAGAUUUCACAGUGCCCUUCAUGCAGCUCGGCGUUGGCAUAUUGGCCUAUAAUGAAGACGAGAAACUGGAACUUUUAAAAUUUCUGGAACCCUUCAAAGAUGAGGUGUGGAUUUGUGUCAUCGUUGCCAUAUUCGUAAUUUCCUUUCUGUUUGUGUGUUCGGCAAGACUCGCCGAUGACGAAUGGGAAAAUCCACAUCCUUGCAAUAAAGAUCCCGAUAUGUUGGAGAACAAGUGGGGUUUAUUCAACACAUUUUAUUUAACAGCGGCCUCCAUAAUGCAGGCUGGUUGCGAUAUAUUGCCGAAAAGCGCGCCAUUUCGUACUUUCACCGCUACAUGGUGGAUUAUCGCCGUUAUCAUACCCAAUUCGUAUACUGCCAAUUUAGCUGCCUUCUUGACCAGCUCCAAAAUGGUAUACGACGUUUCGGAUCUGAAGAGUCUCGUCGAACAGGUGGAUAUUAAAUUCGGCACCAUAGCUGGUGGCAGUACGUACACGCUGUUUGCCGAAUCUAAUGAGACCGUCUAUCGCAUGGCUUACAAUAUGAUGAACAAUGAAGAUCCCUCGGUAUAUAUGAAAAAUAACACGGAGGGUGUGAAUAGAGUUAUUAAAAAUAACGGUAAAUAUAUGUUUCUAAUGGAGACAACCAGUUUGGAGUACAACACCGAACGCAAUUGCAAGCUGAGUAUGAUUGGUGAGAAAUUUGGUGAAAAGCAUUACGCUAUAGCGGUACCGUUUGGCGCGCAAUACCGUUAUAAUUUAAGUGUCAACAUACUAAAACUGAGUGAAACGGGCAAACUAUUCGAAUUGAAGGAUAGAUGGUGGAAGGGUGAGAAGAACUGCGGUGAUGAGGAGGAGGAUAAUGAAGCUUUGGGUUUUCAACAUGUUCGUGGUAUUUUCUAUACACUCUUCCUUGGCUUAUUCGCCGCUUACUUUUUGGGUAUCAUGGAAUUUUUACUGCAUUGCCAUAGUAGGGCUAGUGAGGAAAAGCUGCGUUUUAAAGAGGUUUUGGUGAAUGAAAUGCGUUUCGUACUGCGCUUAUGGAAUAAUCGUAAACCGGUCAGUUGCACGCCCACAGCAAGUAUAGAUGCUUCUUCAAGGCGCUCUUCAAACAGAACCACUCGAUCAUUAACGAAGAAGAAUUCACGUCAGUCAAGCGGUAGUGGCGAAGAAUUACGUGAUUUGCCGCAGAAGAAAGUAAAAAAGAAUGGCUCUAUUAUUAAAGAAGGUACAAUGUAGCACCGUUUUUUAUGGAGUUUGUAAAGUAAAAGUUCAUAAUAAAUAAAGAAGAUAAUAAAUUAG